AUGCCUCCAAGAUCAGUUCUUAACAGUGCAACACCAUCAACGUCGUCCACAGUUGUGGCAACACCAGAACCCGAAGAACAAAAUGGAACUCUGCAUCUUCAAGCUCCAGAGAACUCGACCGAAAGUGCUCCACGCAGCCGAAGUUCUCGUGGUGUUCGAUGGACCGAGGAGGUUGUUGAUAAUGAGCAUAUGAAUAAGAAAAAGUCGAAGAUUUGCUGCAUUUUCCAUAAACAAAGACAAUUUGGUGAAUCUUCAUCUGAAUCUGAUAGUAGUAGCAGUGAUGAUGAUUCAGAUUCAGAUACUGAAGGAGCAGGAGGCCCCUUGAAUGGAAUUCCUGAUUUUUCUUCCAAAAAGCCUGGAGACAAUGAGCACGACCAUGACGAGCAGCAAUGCAAUCACAACCAUGAGCAUGAUCAUCAUCAUGAUCAUCAUCAUAAGCGUGUUCCUAGGAAACUGACUGAAAAAUUACCAAAAGAUACAGAAAGUUCUGAAAGUGAACCAGAUGAAGAAGAAGAAGAAGAAGCGAGUGCAAGCGAAACAGAAGCAGAUGUUGUUGCGAGACGUAAAAUGACCAACGAAGAACGGGAAGCAAGACGUAAAGCUAAACUGGAACGGUUGUUGGCCAAGGGUAAACUGCGGCGUAACCCGAGCCCGAAUGCUUAUGAGCGUCAACCUGCUUACAAUACUGUUGAAAACUAA